GGGGCCGCGGUGAGUUGAGUGACAGCAGCGCGCUCCCGGGGAGGCUGCUGUGUCCUGACUUGCACGGAGCGCAGCUCAGCUCAGCUCAGCUCAGCGCCGGCUUUGCGGGACAAAGCCCCGGCUCCAACAGCAGCCACCACCGCACCGUGCACCCAGCCACCACUCCAUGCAAAGAAAAUGAUCAUCAGCAUCAGCGAGGAAAACGACAGGAGCCCAGAGAACAUGGCAGCGGGGGAAUAUUUAAACCGCUGUCAGAGGAUCUCCAGACAGAUCAACAAGGUGGGUGGAGAGAAUGACCGGGCCCACCUGUUUGUGAAGGCACUGGGUAGCAGGAGCUGCCUGGACGGAGUUGUGCAACUCAUGGGAUGCCACCCCCAGUACCUGGAGUCCUUCCUCAAAACCCAACACUACCUGCUACACAUGGAUGGACCGCUCCCCUUCCACUACCGACACUACAUUGCCAUCAUGGCGGCUGCUCGACACCAGUGCUUGUACUUGGUGGAGGUUCACAUCAAUCAGUUCCUCCAGGUGGGUGGUAACCCACAGUGGCUGCAGGGGCUGGACUGCAUACCCCAGAGGCUGAGAAACCUGAACGAGAUCAACAAGAUCCUGGCACACCGACCCUGGCUCAUCACCAAGCAACACAUUGAGGACCUGCUGAAGAUCGGAGAGCACUGUUGGUCGCUGGCAGAGCUGGUGCACGGGGUUGUGCUUUUGGCUCACUACCACUCGCUGGCGAGUUUUGUUUUUGGCUGCGGGAUAAGUGCUGAGGGAGGACAUGAAGGUGGUCACAUCCUGCGACCCUCCUCGAUUAACAACCAGUGUUCCGGCGACACCACCAACGGCAAUGGCAACAUCCCGGACCCCUCCCUGGUGCACCGCAGGAGAAGGUCAGUGGAUUAUUCCAGUGAUUCCGAAUGUUUGGUGGACAGGAUGCAGAAAUUCCAAGCGGGGAAGGAGAACGAGGAGGAGAUGCCGAGGGAAGAGAUGUGGAUUGGAUCUGAGACGGAGAAAGACACCAGCCCACCACCGGUGACUCGGGCUCCUGAAGAUAAGCCUGCCCCAACUCCUGACUUGUCCUGUUACGUAGAAGACCCCGAGUUUGGUUAUCCCGAAUUUUCCCGAAGAAGUGGCGAGCAGCUUCCUGUUUUCCGAGCUCAGGAUUAUUCCUGGGAAGACCAUGGCUUCUCGCUGGUGAACCGCCUGUAUUCGGACAUCGGCCACCUCCUCGAUGAGAAGUUCCGCACUGUGUACAGUUUGAAGAAUGGCACCAUGGCCAAACAACGAGGCUGUGACUUCUCCGUGCUGAAGAGAGGCAUUUGGAACUACAUCCAUUGCAUGUUUGGCAUUAGGUACGAUGAUUAUGACUAUGGUGAAGUGAAUCAUUUCCUGGAGCGGAAUCUCAAGGUUUACUUGAAGACUGUGACUUGCUAUCCAGAAAAAACAAAAUCUCAAAUGUUUGAGAGGUACUGGAGACAGUUUAAAUACUCAGAAAAGGUCCGUGUGAAUCUGUUGGUCCUGGAAGCUCGGAUGCAGGCAGAGCUGCUCUAUGCACUGCAUGCAAUAACCCACUACAUGAUCUCUUAGACCAUCAUAAAGAAGGAUCUCCUUACCUGCGGGGAACUUUACAAAAAAAAAAAACUAGAGCCUGGACAUAAGCUUAAAGACUUGAACGUCUUCUUGGAUGGAGGCAUUGCAAGGCAGCUGGAACUAUGUUGCAGUGUCUGCAACAGUUAAUGUGCAAUUAUUGACAAUGACACAAUCAAGCAUUGUGGACUGACUGUAUGUACAGAGAGUGAUGUUACUUCACAAAAGUGUUUCAUGCCUCAACACCAAGUAUUUACUUGAGAGUCUUCAACCUCUCUACGUUUUCAAAAGGCUGUGGCAUCAGUAGCUUGCGUGACCACCAUCAAGCGCAUCGAACAUUUUCAAGCCUUGGAUGUUGGGACGGAUGAGCCCCUUUUUUUUGGAAAAGAAAGACUUAUUUUUGCUAUGAAUAGUAAUAACAGAUAAUAUGUUUGACAAGUGUUGAGUCUGUUUCAUAUUGGAAUGGCGUUUCCAGAUCCUUGCCAUAUUACUUUUGGUUUUAUGACUUAUCCAAAGCCUUUGUGUGUUUGGGUGUGUGUGUGUGUGUGUGCGUGUGUGAGAGAGAGAGGGGUGGGUGUGUGGGAGGGGGCAGAGGUUAACUGUGCCAAUGAGCUGUGAAUUUAGUAAACCUUGGGUGACUGAACAGGGGAAGGAAGGAAGAGUAGUGAGCCAGUGGGGCAGAACAUUUCUUGAGCUUGUCCAAAAACAAAACGCACUAAUAAAUGAAAGGUGAAUUUUCUUCCCUGCCCGAGUUAGUGGUGACAGAAGGAAGCACUGCCAUAAUGCGGUGUGCCAAUUGAGCAUGGUUGACUUUCUUAAUCCUACUGAACAGUCAAUGACAGGAUCCAUAUUGUUGGCCAAUGUUAAAAUGGAUGCGGAAUCUAAAUCAACGCAGGUCAACAUCAACGGUUGGAAGUUGAUCGUCAAUCUAGUAGCAUCCAAGCCUUCCAAUAUUUGGGGGUAAUUUUGAGCCUCCUUACCCGAGGCUCUGUUGCAAGUUGCAUGUGCGAUUGGAUGGUUGGCAGGCACUGCAUGCUUGUGCUUUUUUUCCGUUUUAAAAUAAAAAGCACCUCUUCAGAUCUCGGACGUGUCUUUGGACACGGAAUGAGUGUGGAAGCCACUGGAUAGACCCUGCAACCGUAACUGGAGUUGGAUCUCUGUUGAACUGUGUUUUUAUUUAUUGUUUUUAACAUUCUAUUUCCGUGACAGUGUUACACGACAGGAAGGAGAAAGAAAUGGGAAAUUAAAAAACAAAAAAAAAGAUGACCCUACAUUGAAAAGUGUAUAAUUGGCUUGUACAACAAUGUCACCUGUAGCUGGUGCUCACCAUGCAUGUAAUAUGGUCAUGGCCACCACAACCUAAAGAAGGACAAACCCAUCAUUUUCUAUUGAUUGUUGGAUAAUGAAACAUGGAGGCUGUCUACGUCUUGUAGGAGUUCUCCUAGUCUUGAACUACAAUUUGGACUAGACUCCAACAAGCCUGGCUUUGCAGCUUGUUACCAUGCAACCAACCACACCCCUCCCCAAUUUAAAAAAAAAAGAAAAAAAAUAGUUGGUGCUGGUCUAUCACUAGGUAUAAUGAGUAUAAAAAUACUAAAAUAAUACUUUCUUCCUUCUAGCGGUAUAAAUGUGACUGUAAAAAUUGGUUUUUAAUUUUUUUUAAAAGGAAUAUAAGUAAUGGACACCAUUUUGGAACAAAUGGUCCUGUAGCUAAUGAUACAUGAAUCGAGAGUCUUGUGUGAUCACGAUCUGGAUCAUCACCUCCAUCGUGAUUAGAAUCUUUUUUUUAAACGUGAUGUGUUCUAAUUGUGCAAUACAUUUACAUGGGGAUUAUCGGUUUAACGAUCGACUCGUUCCAAAAUGGAGUAGCAUCAAUCUCAUGAGCCUCAUGUCUGUCUGUCCAUGGGGUUUUCUGUUUUUCAUGGAUACUCUUACAAUCCAAGAAUAAGGAAAGAUUCUGAGCUAUUGCAACACAUCUGUCGCUGCUGUUGUUGUCUUUGAUGUAACUUGGGAGUUUCAAAGCUCUGCAGUAGCAUUUUAUUUGCACCAAAAUAAAAAAAAAAUAACAUUUUUUGAAAA